AAAGCCGAGCGAGAUCUAGAUGUGAAUCAACGUACUAAAAUCUAGUAGCCUGUAGAAUAUUAUUUGGUGACGAGCUGACACCAAAAUACGGUGAAAAAUGUCCGCGAAAUCGUCGAACGUUGAAAAAUUAGUGCGUGUCGGUUAUUACGAACUCGAAAAAACCAUCGGAAAGGGUAAUUUCGCCGUUGUCAAGCUGGCCACACACAUUGUCACCAGAACCAAGGUGGCCAUUAAAAUAAUAGAUAAGACUGCUUUAGAUGAAGAAAACUUAACAAAAAUAUUUCGAGAGACUGCCAUUCUGAAAAAACUAAGACAUCCACACAUUACCAGGCUGUAUCAGCUUAUGGAGACGAAUCAGACGAUAUACAUGGUGACAGAGUAUGCCAGUAACGGGGAAAUUUUUGAUCACUUGGUGGCGAAGGGCCGAAUGCCUGAAGACGAAGCCAAACGGAUAUUUAGUCAAAUCGUUUCGGCCGUAAGCUACUGUCAUUCUCAGGGGGUAGUUCAUAGAGAUUUAAAGGCUGAAAACUUAUUGUUGGACCAUAAUUUAAACAUCAAGCUUGCCGAUUUCGGCUUCAGUAAUCAGUUCACAGAGGGCUGUCUUUUGUCAACGUGGUGUGGAUCGCCGCCUUAUGCAGCUCCUGAACUAUUUCAAGGCCAUAAAUAUGAUGGACCUAAAGCCGAUAUAUGGAGUUUGGGUGUAGUUUUAUACGUUUUGGUAUGUGGUUCCCUCCCUUUCGACGGUCGAACAUUGCAUGACCUUCGCAAUGUGGUGAUUGAAGGCAAAUUCCGGAUUCCGUACUUCAUGUCACAAGAUUGCGAAUAUUUAAUAAGACACAUGCUGGUGGUCGACCCGGAAAAAAGACUGACGAUGUCUCAGAUCGCGAAACACCGAUGGCUGGCGCACACGCCCCCCGUCGACACCGGUCCUGAGCGCGAACUCCAACUUAACAAGACUGUGAUAGACCACAUGCUGCAACUGCCCAACCUGAACCAGAACAUGGUCCUCGCCUCCGUCAAGAACAACACCUUCGACCACAUCCACGCCAUCUACAAUCUGCUCUUGGACAAGCUGCACCAGCGCACAAUCAACUUCCAGUCGAAGAUCUCGCAGCAGCGCCGCGCCGGGGAAGAACUCACUCUGGACUAUCUCCACACUCGGCCGCCGAAAAUCAACGAGCGCAGCGAGUCGUUCAACGAGCAGCAGCUGGUCACGCAUCUCGCGGGGGAGAAGCGACAAGCGGCCGAGCAGCAAAUCGACGAGUCGUUUAAUUAUCGACGGGAGAGUUUCAAUGAGAAUUGUUUGAGGCGGGAUGAGGAGAGGCGGAAGUCGGUCAAUGAGAGUAUUUCGGAGGAUGGGGGGUCGCCGUUUGUGUCGAUGCCGACCAUUCCGGCGGUUUACCUGGUGGACGAUGGGGAGAACCAACCGUUGGAGAAGUUCAAGGAGAUGGAUCAAGAUGCGUCGGAGGAGGCGUGUUCGUUGAGUGUGCCGUCGACUUCGACGGGUUAUGGCAGUUGUGGGUCCUCCGGUGAUAAGUAUCUGACGGUGAGGCGGCACACGGUUGGACCCGGAGAUUCGGCACAUGAACAGGUCUUGGAGACGCACUAUAUGACUCAAACGCCGCAAGACCCCAACGGAACGAAACUCCUUCCCCAUACGAAUCUUCCCUUACAUCUUCCCCUUCUGGGCCAACAAAACCCUCACUAUUUCGGCGGCAAAGAUCCGCAUCUUCUCAAACCACCGACUGUUUUAAACGCAGCCGGUGGUUUCGGAAGGAGGGCUUCGGAUGGCGGCGCCAACCUCCACAUGGCUUGGGGAACACCAGGUUCACAUGAACAACUCUCGAUGAUGUCGACCAGUUCGAGCGGAAACCCCAGUUUGAGCAGUGGCACGGUCACGCAACCGCUCGAACACAGCCAACCGGCGCUCGACGAGUUGGCAGCAGUGGCCAGAUAUAUGCAAGGGAGGGGCAAUUCGAAGCGCCACACGAUGGCGAACCCCGAAGACGUCCACACCUUACAAUCGGGGGGCGGUUCCGGGGGGCGCACCCGCCGUACGGGCCUCCUCACCGUCAUGGAGCGACCUCCAGUAAUCCCACCCGAAGUAGUGAUGGAAGUGGAAGCACGCAUGAAGCGUAACUACAUGCCUCCAAUGUUACCACAACGCAAGCAUUCGCGGCACGCUGUCAAACCACACUUGCCCACAGUACAAGAGCUGCAAGGUCGUGAACCCAAAUCCAUGGAGAGGUUCAGUCCGGUGCGGAGAGGCAGCGAGGGCUCGGCGGCAGGCUCGAGGACUUUGAGUCCUUCGACGCCCCAGCAAGAGUGCCAGAGGCUGCAGAGAGGGCUGCAGGCGAGGUCGAGCCCGCCGAGGUCGAUUCCAGGUUCGCCCAUUCACCAGCUCGUGUCCGACCCGCAAAUGCGCCACCAGAUGGCGGAAUGUUCGUCACCGAUUCAUCAAUUUUACCCAAACGAUCCCGCCCGCGAUCCCACAUUGGGACUUCCCCCAGAAUCCUACCAAAGCUCCUACGAUCCGAAUCGUAGUUUCGGAAACAGUCCUUUACACACGUCCCCGUUCGGUACGAACCCGAACAGUAACCUUAGUUCACCGAUUCAACAGAAUCUGUUCGCUACCAACCUAACCAUGUAUUCUGGUACCAACUCGCCCAUUAUGAACCCAUUACUAAGUCCCAGUACGUCUCCAGUUUUUGGUAAUUAUGUGCAAACUCCCACAGCGCCUGGAAGCAUCUCGUCCAUAACUCAAGGAAUAAGUGGUUUAAACACCACCGGAACCGGUUCCAUAACCCAAGGCACCCCAUCCACCAACCUCCAGUUGGAAAUCCGCAACCAACAAAUGCAAGAGGACAAAAUGGACACCACCUACGCCACAAACCUCACCAGUAGUUUCCAGCCCAACUUCCUCCACCAGCCGCACCACAUGCAUCACAUCUUGAACAUCCACAACCAUCGCAGUUUGACCAACUCGCCCAUCAGCAAUCCGGGCAGUCCCGGCCUGGACAUGAUCCAGGAGGAGCUCCCCCACGUCCACAACAUCCCCAAACCCGACCAGCAGACCAUCGGCCACCCGCAGAUCUCCCUCACGGACGUCCUCGGCAGCGAGGUGACCCUCGUCGCCGGCUCGGACACCUCCGAGGACUCCAUGGACAGUCUCGACAACCACAAAAUCCCCAAAAUCCCCUCGUUCAUAAUCUCGGAACCCUCCGAAAAUCUCCCAUCGAUCACGAAAGGCAUCGGCCGCAAAACGAGCCAGGAAAACGACGAGGCGAAAUUUUUCACCAAACCCCACGAGACGGAGCCGAGUGACGAGUUUUUUCUAAGACGCAAUUCGGAUAAAAGUUCGUGUUAUUCCGACGAUUCGCUCUCGAACGACAGUCUCAGCAUCGGGAACCAGAGUCCGAGCUCCAGCUCCAACACGCAGAGCAGUCACGUGUGCGACAACACGUUCGAAAAAAUGCAAAUCACGCACGAGUUGAGCGACUCGGGAACUGGCAAUUUCCAGAUUUUCCAGAACUUGAAGCUGGACGAUUGCAACUCGAACCCGGAGGGCGGGACGAACUUGCACAAAAACUCCGGGUCGUUUGAGUUCGAAUUGAGCGAAGUGUGUUCGAAGCUGCAGUCGACCGAUAUCCUGGAGAUGGUCAAGCGGACGAUCACCGACCAAAUCCCGCCGAAGACGUGCUCGAGUUCGGAGGAUGUGAGCGAUAGAUUGUCGUUGGAGUACGAGGGCGGGAUUCAGAUCGAGCUGAAAGUCAUCGAUAAGCAAAAAGACUCGAAAGGUUUGAAAAUGCGACGCAUUUCCGGCGAUCAUUUGGUUUAUAACCAGCUUUGUCAACAGCUGAUUUCGUGUAUGACGGUUUCCUAGCAUUUAACGAAAUUCUCUUAGUUUCAUUACGCUUUUAAGUUAAUCUCGAAUUGAGUUUUUGGUUCGGUUUACGGAUUACUAGAGAUUAGGGGCGAAACGACUGCAAAUUUUGUUUAACGAGCGUAAUGUUUGCCAUAACGAGUGAGCGCUGCGAGGUAUGCGAACACCUAAUACCGUUUAUUUCGGGCGGCUUGAACUGAAUAAUAAUAAAAGAGAAAACAAAAAUCGUUUAUUUAUACAAAAAGUUAAGUAAAUAAAAAUAAACAGGACAGAUAAUAAUACCAAAAAUUAAUAUCUCGCAAUGGACGGAAACAUUAUUGUGGUAUUAAUGUUAAGUGCGAGUUUAGCAAAACAUAAACAAUAUACAGAGUGUUUCACAAAUGUGCUACAAUACAAACUUAUGUUUUUUAAUGGAACACUGUAAAUUUUCUUGCAUUUUCGACGUAGUUUUUUAAAUAAUUUGAUUUUUUUUUAAAUUAAGAAUACAAAAAAAGUAGGACUUUCACCACUUCAAAAGUUAAAGUUUAAUCUUAAACUUGUGCCAAUGUGAAAGUUUCCAUUUUUUUGAAAUUAAUACCAAUAAUAGUCUUCAUAAUUGUAAAACUAAUGGUACUUUUCAUUGUUUUAUAUUCGCAAAAAUAAAAAAAAUUAUGAGACCAAUUUUUUCCAUUUAGCUAUUGCACUCAUAUAUUUUUUAUGAAUGUUUAAUGAACUAUUAGCUCUAAAUAAAAUAAAUAAAAUUUUGAAAUCUCACGUAAUAAAACCGUUUGAUUAAAAAAUGAGAACAUUAAAACUUUUAAAAACAAGAAAAUCGUAAUUUCAUAAUUUUUGAAAACUCUAGGUUUAUAAUUAUAAACCACAUCUACUUAUUCAUCGAACGUAUCUUCAAAAGUAUUGACAAAUAAAGAAGUUGUAUUUUUGUUUAUGCAAGUGUCGAUAUCUUUAAUAAGAAGUCGUUUGUAGAACACUUAUUUUUUUUACAUAUUUUUUGUACAAAACAUUUUGCAAGCAUCGCUUGUUCUAGAAAUCAUAAAAAUUUCCAUUAGUAUGUUUUUAAUUUUUUUAAAUGAAAUAAUGUUUUAUUAAUAUAAAUAUUUCUCAUUAAUUAUUAUUUAUUGUUUAUAAGAAAUUAGAAAAAAUCUGAAAAAAUUCGAAGGCAUACAGAAAGAAAUAAAGCAAAAAAAAAUCGCAAAGGCUGUUUUUGCGUGAUUAUUAAAAUGGAUUAUUAUUAGUUAUUAGUGAUUUAUUACAGUAUCUACUUAAACAAAUUACUUCAAUCAUCACAAAUAACACUUUCUUCCAAUAUUUAUUUCUUUUAAGUCAAUAAAAUUAUCCAGAGAUCUCAAUACAAUGCCGAAAGGAACAGUAGUGCUUAAAUCGCAGUUGCCUUGUAAACAGUUUAUGCCGCGUGACGUCAUCAGGCUGUCAAACCGGCAGACAAAAUAGCUUAUAUUUUUGUUAAUUUUAAAGCUAUCAAAUUAAUUUUUUUAUUAAAUUUUUUAUUAUGUUGAAAAUAAAUAUUGAAUUUUAAAAAAUUGGAUAACUUAAAAAGUUAAAUAGAACUCCCUAUUUACAAAUUCGCCAUGUAUAUUAAAAUUUUAGUUAUUUAUCACUGUAAUAAAUGAUGAACAAUGGCCUAAUAGUAACAUUAAAGUUAUUAUUAACUGAAACUUUUACUUUCGACCACUGAAACAAUAGUUAUUAAUUUUUUAUUCUUCGUUUUUAUGUAAUAUUUUUUUAAACUAAGCAAAAUCAACCAAUAACCAAUAAUAAAAGUGCAAAAAAUAUAGUGUGUCCCAUUAAAAAAAACAAUAAUUCGUAUUGUAAUAAUUUUCGGAAACAAUCUGGCUAGUAUCUACGGUUUUUAUAAAAAUAAAAAAUAACUUACUCACUUUCGAUGAGAUAAAAACGUCAUCUUUAAUGCCAUUUUCAUUACAAUACUGAUUGAAUAAUUUUGAUUCUUUUUUUAUUGCAAGAUUUUUAAUUUUUUUUUCAUAUUUCUUGUGUAAGUUUUUUUCUUCUUUUCUGCAGUAAUUAGUGAAUUGAAUAAAUUUGAAACUAUUUGGCUCGGCGAUAUUUUUUGGUCAGUUUUGUGUCUCGUUUCGCCUCCUAAUCUAUAGUCCUCCGUAGUUCGUUUUAAUGUGAUGUAACCUCGUUGCCAUACAAGUUUUUUUCCAAGGAUUUAAACAUUCCACUGAGAUUUUAAUUCGCGACUGAUUUGAUUGUACAUAUUUCAAAUAAUGUAAAUAUUUCAUUAAUCGCACAAUGUAAAUAAAUAUACUGUAACAGUUGAGUUGUUGUUAGUGCAAUAUUCUUGAAGUUUCUCGCAAAAUUCUGUUUCAGUGACUUAACCCAAUAAUCAAUCGCAUUGAAAUUGUAUAUUUUUAUAAAUAAUGUAAAUAGUUUUACUUGAACAUUCCUAUUAGGUAGGGAAAAGAUUUUCAAUCUUUGUCAAUAUUAUUAAUAUUCACUUAGCACAAUUUUAAUAUGCUAUUUCUAGUGUUUAAGAUUUCUACUUGACUUAAAAAAUGAAUUGAUAUAAUAAUGAUACCAAGCUUUCGCGUUUCGUUUCAAUUAGGUGUUUCUUAGGACUUUAGAGCAACUUUUCGAUACAGAAGUAGCCACACUGUAUAGCAAUUUUACGUUGCUCUAAACGCGUAUUCUUUAUUUCUCUGUUUUUUUAAAAAAUACCACACGAAAAUUGUUGUAAUACUGUAAUUCUCAUUGUGUUUCGUCUUAUCUGGCACCUACGUAAUAAACAAGGUUGUAAAAUUUAGUAUUUUCUGUCAAUUCAAAUCUGUGAUGUCAAUAAAUAAAUGACUGGAACAACUA